UGCGCACGAACUCUUCUCCGCUGCGCUCCCGUUCACUGUGUGUCUCCUCAGAGGACUCCUCCGCGUCACAGCCCCGGGUUAUUCUGCACUUUCCCUCUCUUUUUAAAGAGAGUCGGGCUGAAGAACGAACAAUGUGAUUGUGGCUCAUGGGGAUUUAGUGUCGUGACAUGCUUUCUGGACCCGGCGACUCCACAAGGAAAUGGGACUCCCUGCAUUUAUGGUUACAUGAAUGUCAGCGCUGCAGGCCAGAUGCCGGUGAUGGAGGAGCUUGUCAGUGAGAGCGACAGCAUGCCAAAGCGGAUGGCCCUGAUCUGCUUCCUGUCUCUGGUCAUGCUGAUGAGCAUCCUGGGAAACCUGCUGGUCAUGGUGGCCGUCUGCAAGGACAGACAACUCAGGAAAAUUAAGACCAACUACUUCAUCGUGUCUCUUGCGUUUGCCGACCUCCUCGUGUCGGUGCUGGUGAUGCCGUUUGGUGCCAUCGAGCUCGUCCACCAACACUGGAUCUACGGGGAGACCUUCUGUCUGGUCCGGACCUCGCUGGACGUCCUGCUGACCACGGCGUCCAUACUGCACCUGUGCUGCAUCGCCCUGGACAGGUACUACGCUAUCUGCUGCCAGCCUCUGGUCUACAGGAACAAAAUGACACCGAUGCGAGUGGCUCUGAUGAUCGGGGGCUGCUGGGUUAUUCCCACCUUCAUCUCUUUCCUGCCAAUCAUGCAGGGCUGGAACAGCAUCGGCAUCGACCACGUGAUCGAGCAGCGACGUCACAGCGAGGGCAGCAACUCCACUUCCUGUGUCUUCAUGGUGAACAAGCCAUACGCCCUGACCUGCUCAGUGGUAGCCUUCUACAUCCCUCUGGUCCUCAUGGUGCUGGCCUACCAGAGGAUCUACGUCACAGCCCGUGCCCACGCCCGGCAGAUCAGCAUGCUGCAGCGGGCGGGAGGAGCCAACGCCCCCGGUGCCGGCGCCGGAGCCGGUGCGACGUCGGACUCAGCUGAUCACCAGCGUAACCACCGCAUGCGGACAGAGACUAAAGCAGCAAAGACUCUGUGCAUCAUUAUGGGCUGUUUCUGCCUCUGCUGGGCGCCGUUCUUCGUCACAAACGUGGUGGACCCCUUUAUAGACUACACAGUGCCAGACCAGCUGUGGGCCGCUUGCCUCUGGCUGGGCUACAUCAACUCCAUGCUGAACCCCAUCCUCUACGCCUUUCUCAACAAGUCCUUCCGCCGUGCCUUCCUCAUCAUCUUGUGCUGUGGGAGGAAGAGGUACCGCAGGCCGUCCAUCCUGGGGUCUGGAGCAGCCUGCACAGCCACACAGAUCAACGGGUCCUCACAUGUACUCAAGUAUUCUGUCCUUCAAAAUGGGAGCCAUGUGGAGCAGGAGAAGAAGACUCUCCACACAGACAUAGAGUCCCAUGAGUCCUGCUUGUGACCAACAACGACUCCUCAGUCACAUCUCCAAAGACCUCAGCUCAAACACGACGACCAUCGAGUCGACGGAAAACCACACAGCUGGAGCUGAAACCCAUCCCAGAUGCUACAAAUCCAGCGGAGCUCCUAAAACCAGAGCUGGAGUAGAACUUAGAGGUCCAGACGAGGAAUGUGACUCAAUCUGUGCUCUUUAAGAGUGGCAGGGACAUGUUCAGCCAG